UUUUUUUUUAUCUUUUUUUUUAUCUAUUUAUUUAUCCAUUCAUAAAAAGUAUGCUUAAUAGAACUAAAUCAUUGCUUCUAAAAAGCCCAAUUUUACUACAACAACAACAACCAAAAAGAUGGCUUACGGUUACUUCAAAGGUAUGUCAUAGUAAAUUAGACUUUUUUUUUUUUUUGGUUCUGUCAUAAUCAUAAUAGCUUCUUUCUUCUUCCCCGAAUUUUAUUGAAUAGUUAUUGAAUGUAACGAAUGUGGCAGAGUCUAGAAGGCUAUCGGAUAAUGAGAAUAAUAGCAGAGAGCAUAUCAUUCAAUCGUCUGCUAGUAUAUGGUCUUCUGCUGAUAGAUUUACAAACGAGUUGACAUUCUUUAAAAAUCAAGAUGUUCUUAAAGCAUAUCGUGUGAUGGAUCAUACAGGAACUGUGUUGAUACCUGAACAUGAUCCUAAUCUGUCCAAGGAUCAAGUCAUUCAAUGUUAUAAAAACAUGUUAUUCUUACAUACAAUGGAUGGUAUUCUUUAUGAUGCUCAACGUCAGGGUCGUAUUAGUUUCUAUAUGACGCAUUAUGGUGAAGAAGCUAUGAUUGGCAGUGCAGCUGCUUUAUCACCUGAAGAUGUUGUUUUUGGACAAUAUCGUGAGGCUUUUAUGCUGGUUCAUCGUGGUUUUACUUUGGAUGAAUUUCUUAGUCAAUGCUUUUCAAAUGAAUUAGAUCUUGGUAAAGGCAGACAAAUGCCUGUUCAUUAUGGCUCAAAACGUUUAAACUUUCAGACCAUUUCAUCUCCUUUGGGAACUCAAAUCCCUCAAGCUGCUGGUGCUGCUUAUGCAUUAAAAAUGUCUGGUACAAAUGCAUGCACACUUUGUUUCUUUGGAGAAGGUGCUGCUUCAGAAGGUGAUUUCCAUGCAGGCCUUAAUAUGGCUGCUACCUUGAAAUGUCCUGUUGUUUUCUUUUGUCGUAAUAAUGGGUAUGCUAUCUCUACACCUUCUUCUGAACAAUAUAAAGGGGAUGGCAUUGCUAGUCGUGGUAUUGGCUAUGGUAUGGAUACCAUUCGAGUAGAUGGUAAUGAUAUCUGGGCUAUUUAUAAUGCUACAAAGACAGCUAGAGAAAUGGCUAUCAAGGAACAAAGACCUGUCCUGAUUGAAGCCAUGACCUAUCGUAUUGGUCAUCAUAGUACCUCAGAUGAUUCUACAAAAUAUCGUGAUCGAAAGGAAGUUGAAGAAAGAGCUAAAUUUGAUAAUCCAAUCACUCGUCUAAGACGUUACAUGGAAUUGAAGGAUUGGUGGACUCAAGAAGAAGAAGAUGAUUAUCGUAAACAAAUUAAAAAGGAUAUUUUAAAAAGCUUCAGUGCCGCUGAAAAGAGAAAGAAGCCUGCUAUCAAACAUCUCUUUACAGAUGUUUAUGAUGAAUUAACUCCAAAUCUUAUUCAACAGCAAAAGGAACUUGAAGAAUUGAUAAAGAAAUACCCCGAAUAUUACAAUUUAGAUGAAUUUGCUUCAAAUUAG